AUGGCGCCUUCGCUUCUGUCCACGCUCUCUUCCGCCCUUCUGCUCACGUCAUCCGCGACUGCUACUCAGACAUACCAACUCGCCGACAGCUACGACUCGACCAACUUUCUUGAGAAGUUUGGUUUCUUCACGAGCGACCACUCCACCGGAAACUACAACGAUGUGGACCCCACCGGUGGAUAUGUCAGCUACAAGUCGGCAGCUGAUGCCCAGAGCAUGGGUCUUGUGAAGACUGAGGGUGGUGACCUUUACCUCGGUGUUGACUCUACAUCUACCCUCGAUGCCGCUGGUAUCGGCAGAAGCAGUGUAAGAAUCGAGAGUACGGCCAAGUAUGGCCAAGGGCUUUUCGUCAUCAACUUUUCCCAUCUUCCUAAGCCUGUCUGCGGCGCCUGGCCUGCGGUCUGGACCGUCGGUAACCCUUGGCCCGCCGCCGGCGAAAUCGACAUCGUUGAGACCUGGAACGAGGACAAUGUGAACAAGGUCGUCCUUCACACCGACGGCACGCUCGGCGAGUGCCGCAUCGACGGCACAAACAUGACCGGAACCAUCAGCAAGCCCAACUGCGCAAACUACGCCGCAGGCCAGUCCGAUAACGAAGGCUGCGCCGGUCUUGAUGGCGCUGCCCCCUUUGGAUCCGCCGAGGGAGGAGUUUACGCCAUGCAAUGGACCGACACCGCCAUCCGCGUCUGGGGCUUCACGCACGCUAACGUCCCCGCCGACAUCGCGAGCGCCAACCCGAACCCCGAUGCCUGGGGCACGCCCAGCUUCACCACCAGCACCUGCGCCGCUGACAAGCUGUUCGAGGAGCAGAAGCUCGUUGCCAACAUUGACUUCUGCGGUGUGGCUGGCGACGAUGGUAUCUGGACUCAGACCUGUGAGGCGAAGACCGGCAUGACCUGCAAGGAGUAUGUUGCCGCCAACCCGACCGCCUUUGCCGAUGUCUUCUUCAAGAUCAGCUCCAUCAAGUAC